UCUACAACUGGAGACUGAGCUUCCAAGAACAAGAGCGUGAAUUACUCCAUAAUUACAAAAACAUGAAGUCGAGCAUUAGACUAAUCAAGAAAAUACGAGACCGACAUGACCACAACAUUGCCAGCUAUUUUAUCAAGACUGUCUUUAUGUGGGAACUGGAAAAUUUCGAUAAAAAUUUCUGGGAACAGUCGUUAAGUUUCGUGUUUAUGACUAUGUUGAGAAAAUACGGUGAGUAUAUAAAACGGCGCAACAUCCCGAACUAUUGGCACGAAAAACACAAUCUGAUCGAAGAUUUGAGAGAAGAAACUGCUGUUUGUAUCGCAAAUAAAAUCCGGAAUAUUGGCGACCACAUCGAGCGAAUUUGUAGCACAAACUCGGGUUUUUACGACAUUGUUAAUUAUUUCUUAAAGCCCCACGAGUUUGACUUGGACAGUUUUAAACAAGAAGUGAGUGUUGGUAAAAAGCUGCUCAAACGAAUGGAAUCUGACAAAAAUCUGGCACAAGUUUCGUCAAAUUCUGACGAUUCGGAAACGUCUGAUUUUGCAAAAUUGGAAAAUUUGUGUCUUCAAUUGGCCUCAGAUCAGAGGAAGAUUGUGGGUUUGCUGGAACGUUUGGGGGAAGAUUUGGAGAAGAAGAAAACGGAAGAUGAACGAAUUAUGAGGAGAAUUGAGUCAAAAAUUGACCGCUUGAUGGCGAAAAUAACUGUCGAAGAUUUUGAAACGAAUGUAACUAGUGAUACAGUCGAACUUACGAGGUGAUUUAGAAAAAAAAAUGUGUUAUUUUGUCGUUUUCUCAAGUCUAGGCAAAUUGUAUUGAUAAAGAGGGCUGACAUUAGGAAAACCGCUUUAAUAAAUUAUUUUUUUGUA